UUUAAAAAGGUAUUUGCUGUAUGCCAGUAUAUAAACAUGGAAAGUAGAAAAUAUAUUUUUUAAAUUUAGAAUUUACAAAUAAAUAUUAUUGUGCAUAAAUCAUUGGUACCAUAUUAUGGAAAGUAAUGAUGAUUUAAUAAAAUGUUUCGACGAAAAAAUCAAAUGGGGCUGGAAUAUAAUAGAAGAAUUGAAACUCGUGGAGAAGGUUGAAGGUGUUGACAAACUCAUACGAAAGAUUCGACAAGAAAUAAAAUUUCUAAAAAAGGUACGCUUUACAGGAAAUGUUAAAAAUGAACACCUUCAAAGUACUAAUUUAAUUCAUUUGAAUGCAAUUGUUAAGCGACUGUUAUCUGCAAAUACACCUGUUCAUGUGUUAAAACCCUUCAAAUAUCUGAAUUCAAAAUUAGAAGUUGACAUUGUCUGCGACAAUGGAUCAAGUUGGGUUAAAGUUAUCGCUCGCAAUGCUAAAGCUCUUACUCUUAUUUCUGAUGGUAAUGCUGAAUAUGGACAAAAAUCAGUUUUCGAUCAAGCCGAUUCUUAUAUAAAAUGUGCUAAAAAUCAUCCAUAUAUGUACAAGCAUCCCAACAUUAUUUUUCAUUUUGCCUGUGGUAUAGAAAAACCAUUGGCCGAUAAAUUAGAAGGCAUGUUUGGUAUUAUAAUUGAAGGAGAAAAAAUUGAAGUAGUUAAAAACGAAGAUAAUAAUUGCGAUAAAUUAGUACAUUCUCAAUCUGAAAGUGAAUCUAAAGAAUCUUUCGAUAUUAAUUAUUGUGAUUUAUUAGAAUUAAAUACAAAUAUUAAUUCAAUGAACGUUUCAAUACUUAAUUUAGAUGUUUCAUCGCUACUUGCAUAUGUAACAAAUAUGACCAAUGGCCAUGCAAAUUUCAAAUUUAUAGAACCACUGCUCACUAUGCAAACGGAGUGGGAACGUCGUUGUCCGAUAAAACCAGUAUUAGAUGAACUGUUUAAAAAUAAAGAGCUAAUUAUAUGUCAAACAGCGUACGAUAAUUUUACAAAUAUUGUAAAUGUAAUUGGUGGCCCAAAUGAAAAAAAGCGUUCGAUUGAGCUAAUGUAUAGAAUUAAGAUUGUGGACGAUACACCCAAGGGAAGAAUUAUGAAGUUGAAACUUGGUGGUAAAAUAAAAGCACGUUCUAGAUUAAUUUUUGCAAGUGGAGACAAUUUAAAAAGCAUAACUGUAUCGGCUAAUGAAGGAUUUGUUCGUGCUGCUAGAAUGCAGGGAAUCGAAUGUAUGGUAUUUAUUCACGAACCACGCUCGCUGUCAGAAAUGAAGGAGAUUAAUGCAACAAAAAUUAAAUUAUCUUGACAAAUAUCAGAUGACCAAACACAUAAACACUUUAUAUUUUAUAAAUUUAUAAUUUAUUAUAAUGAUUUUUUGUUAAAAAUGUCA